CAAGGCAGAAAAGACAGAGAGAAAUAGAGAUACACAGGGAGUAUAGGAGCCUAAAGUAAAGGAAGAUCGCAUCAGCUGAAAGACAUGGCCUUCUCAUCUGCAGUCUCCAUCUCCAUCAACACCCCUGUCCUGAUUGAGCAGCACCUCAACUGCUCCAUCUGUCUGGGCCUGUUUAAGGACCCGGUCACCACCCCCUGUGGCCACACCUUCUGCCAGACUUGCCUGGAAUGCAACCUCCACUUCAAUGACCUCAUAUGCCCCGUCUGUAAGGAGCAUCUGAGGAGGAACCCACAGGUGAAUAUCAUCCUCAGUACUCUCAUUCAGGAGUUGAAAAAGGCCCAGGAGAGGAAGCCAGGGGAGUAUUCUGGAGCUCCAGGUGAGGUGGCCUGUGACGUCUGCACUGAGAGGAAGCUCAAGGCCCAAAAGUCCUGUUUGGUGUGUCUGGCCUCAUAUUGCGAGACUCACCUGGGCCCCCACACUUCAGCAGGCAGGCUGAAGGGCCACAGGCUGGUGGCCCCUGUGAAGGACCUGGAUGGGAGGGCGUGUCUGACCCACGGUCGUCCCCUGGAGCUGUAUAGCAGGGCAGAGGGGCGCUGUGUCUGUGCCCUCUGCGUGGAGGAGGGUCACGAAGUCAUCUCCGUGGAAAUGGAGUGGGACAGGAAGAAGGGUAACCUGGGGAGCACCAAGGCUGAUAUGCAGGAGAGAAUCCUGGAGAUGGAGAGAAAGGUGGAGGAGAUCAGGGUGUCUGUGGAGCAGUGCAAGGCCCACGUGGACAGAGAGAGGAGGGAGAUUGACUCUGUGUUCAAAGCAGUGAUAGCAACUGUAGAGGAGACCCAUCUAGAUGCUCUCAGGCCCAUGGAGGAGAGGCAGCAGGAGGUGGAGAGAGAGGCAGGAGAACUCACCCAGGAGCUGAAGAGAGAGAUCAGAGAACUGAAAGAAACCAUUGGUCAAUUGGAGGAUGUUGCUGACCUCAAGGAUCACAUUCACUUCCUGCAGACUUUCCCAUCCCUGUCGGGGCUGGGUGAUGGCAGAGACUGGACUGAGGCCUCCAUUGAUACUACACUCUCCUUUGGCACCAUGAGAAGCAGCUGGUCGACCAUGAUGGAGAGAAUCAAGCACGAGCUGGAGAAGCUCUCCUCAGUUGAACUUGAGAGGAUCCUGAAGUUUGCAGUUGAUGUGACAUUGGACCCGGACACAGCAAACACACAGCUGAUUCUAUCUGAGGACGGGAAAGAAGUGAGAGAUGGAGGGAAGAUACAGGACAUCCCUGACUGUCCGCAUCGCUUCGAUCACUUCGGCAGCGUCCUAGGACACAACAAGCUAACCUCUGGGAGAUCAUACUGGGAGGUGGAUGUCGGGAACAAGACGGGUUGGGAUCUGGGAAUAGCAAGAGGAGAUGCCAACAGGAAGGGGAAGCUCUCUGUGAAUCCUACUAACGGUUACUGGGUUAUAGUGAAUUAUAAUGGUGCCAAAUACGGAGCCUUGGGGGACCCCCCUUUUCUGUUGUCACUGAGAGAAAAGCCCCAGAAGGUGGGGGUGUUUGUGGAUUAUGAGGAGGGGUUGGUGUCUUUUUAUGAUGUGGAGGCUAAGGCUCACAUACAUUCUUUCACUGGGUAUUCCUUUAUUGGGGAAAUAUAUCCAUAUCUCAGCCCACAUCUUCUGAAUGGGGAGGAGAACUCAGACCCACUGGUCAUCACCAAAACAGGGUGAUGUCACGCAUUGCUCAGCCUUAUAGGUAAAAGACAUUCACUUCAGGUUAGGAUUAGGGCUACAGCUAGAGUUAGGGUAGGGUUAGGGUUGUGGCGAUCACAAAAUUGUCAGCCGAUGAUUGUCAAGCAAAUAACUGUCGGUGUCAAGGUAGUUGACCGUUAAUUAACAAACACAUUUAGCAUCUCCUGGCUUCCACAUAUACAAGCCACUGGUGCAGACCUUUGGAACGUUAACAUUUGAAAAAGUCUAAUAAGUCCAUGUAAUAUAGCCAACAAAUUCACAACAAAUCCAUUAUUUAUUUUAGACAGGUCUAAAGAAGCAU